CUCAUUCAACGCGGCGCAGAGAGAGAGAGAGAGAGAGAGAGAGAGAGAGGGUUCAGAGAAGAUCGCCGGCACAGCGGGCGGAACAAGGAGGGGUUGUCGUCGAUUUGGGCGUCUUUCUUGUUCGAAGAGUUCUCUCCAUCACCUUCCACAAACAUUAUAGAACUAACCCCCCUCCCCCUCCACCUCCACCAUGCUUCGUGUCGAAAACCAGUCUUUAAGAACCCAUUACGAUAUCUUAUCCGUAAAUGAAGAUGCAAGCUAUGAUCAAAUACGAGAAAACUACAAAAUUGCAGUCCUCCGCUCCCAUCCUGAUAAGCUCUGUGCCAGUCCUGUUCCAAUUCAUCCUACUAAAAAUCGACAAGAAAUAUUUCUCAAUGUUCAGAAGGCAUGGGAAGUUCUUUCGGACCCCAAAUCAAGACAAGAUUACGACGAUUUACUUCAAGCUUCCAGGAAUGAAGCAGAAGUGGUGGAUAAUGAGAUAAAGCUGGGAGAAAUGGUGGUGCAGGUUGAUGGUGAUGGGAAGGAGCUCUCCUAUCAGUGCAGAUGUGGUGAUCAUUUUUUUAUUAGCUCAGUUGAGCUUCAGGAAUUAGGGUUUUCAGUAAAGACUUCUGGAGCUUCUGUGAUUCUUCCUUGUGAUUCUUGUUCUCUCAAAAUCAGUGUUGUGAUAGAUGUGAAGGAUGAUUUAUCAAUGUAUUUUUGAUAUUUUAGUGGGGCAUUUACAGGCGCAUCCACACAACUCUUUUGUAUUUACAUAUCUGACACUUAAAUUGUGCUCUUUUUUACAUUUAUACUACCUAAAUCUUUUAUAU